AUGUUACAUGGAUAUCGAAAGAAGUCUCUAUCAACUUCUGGAGCUUUAGCUGCUUUUUCCGUUGGUUUUGGAACAUUACGAAAUGAUUGGUCUGUUUUUGGCGUUGUGUUGUUAGUAUUUUAUUUCACCGGUUCAAAACUAACAAAGUAUAAAGCGGAAAGAAAGAAACAACUUGAAGAGGAAUACCUUGAAUGCGGACAAAGAACCGCAAGUCAAGUAUAUAGCAAUGCUUUAAUAGGAACAAUAUUAUCCGUUAUACACCAAUAUUAUUACGGUGAUGGAAAUUUAUCGGGAUCAUGCUUAUUAAGUGAUCAGGGAUCAAGAUUCAUCUUUUACAUGUACCUCGGGAUUUACGCAACUUGUAAUGGAGAUACGUGGGCAAGUGAACUUGGCAUUCUUAACGAAGGGUGGCCUAUCUUAAUAACUACGUUUAAAAAGGUGCCACCUGGUACAAAUGGAGGGAUUUCACCAUUAGGAUUAUUAGCUUCAAUAUUAGGUGGACUUCUAAUCGGAAUUUCGGCAACAAUAUCAUUAAUCUUAACAAAUUCAUGUCAAGGACACCCGGAAAUAAUAUUAAUUGCUUCGGUCGCUGGAUUAAUUGGUUCAUUAAUUGAUUCAUUAUUGGGAGCUACCGUACAAAUCACAAAGUAUAAUGAAAAAUCGCAUAAAGUUGCUCGUCAUGACGAUAAGGAUUCUAAGGUUGUUAGCGGGUAUGACUUAUUAAAUAAUAAUCAGAGGUGA